GCUCCCCCCUGUGGCAGCAGUGACCCAGAAAUGAGUUUGAUUCACGGAGUCCUUCCUCCAUAACAAGUAAAACGUCAGUCAGAGAGUGCCUCCGUGUGCGAGUGUGAGAGUGCGUGUGUGUGUUGUGUGUGUGUGUGCGCGCGCCGUGCGAAUGUUGUGUAUGUGAGUGUGUGUGUGUGCAUGGGUGCAAGUGCAGGAGCCGCUCUCGGCUCGCCUCCCCACCCCGCGGCACCCUGAACUCAUGAGGCGCCGGCAGCCGCGCUCGCUCGCCGCGAAACUCCGAGCCCACUGGCGAGCAGCACCAUUGCAGCAGCAGGCCGCCCGCUGUUUCCCGGGGAGAUCAUGAAACGAGGCCGGCUCCCUAGCAGCAGCGAAGACUCCGAUGACAACGGCAGCCUUUCUACGACCUGGUCCCAGCAGUCCAGAUCACGACACAGGAGAAACUCAUGUUCCAGACAUGAAGACCGAAAGCCCUCUGAGCUGGCACCCACCAACUUUCCCUCUGGCCAGGAGAUCAGGGAUUUCAGCAGCUGCUACAGUCACUGCCAGCCUCAAGUAUUCAGGACAGACCUGAUCACAGCCAUGAAGCUUCAUGACUCCUAUCAGCUGAACCCGGAUGAAUACUACGUGCUGGCAGAUCCUUGGAGGCAGGAAUGGGAGAAGGGGGUCCAGGUGCCCGUGAGCCCGGGUACCAUCCCAGAACCGGUGGCCAGGGUCAUGUCUGAGGAGAAAGCCCUCAUGUUCAUCAGGCCAAGGAAAUACAUCCUGUCCUCGGGCUCGGAGCCGCCAGAGCUGGGCUACGUAGACAUCCGCACGUUGGCAGACAGCGUGUGUCGCUAUGACCUCAAUGACAUGGACACUGCGUGGCUGGAACUGACCAAUGAGGAGUUCAAGGAGAUGGGCAUGCCGGAGCUGGACGAGUACACCAUGGAGAGGGUCCUGGAGGAGUUUGAGCAGCGCUGCUACGACAACAUGAACCACGCCAUCGAGACCGAGGAAGGGCUGGGGAUCGAGUAUGACGAGGACGUGGUCUGCGACGUCUGCCAGUCUCCGGAUGGAGAGGACGGCAACGAAAUGGUUUUCUGCGAUAAAUGUAACAUCUGUGUGCACCAGGCGUGUUAUGGGAUCCUAAAGGUGCCCGAAGGGAGCUGGCUCUGCAGGACCUGCGCUCUGGGGGUGCAGCCAAAAUGCCUGCUCUGUCCGAAGAAGGGCGGCGCCAUGAAGCCCACCCGCAGCGGAACCAAGUGGGUCCACGUCAGUUGUGCGCUCUGGAUACCGGAGGUGAGCAUCGGCAGCCCGGAGAAGAUGGAGCCCAUCACCAAGGUGUCUCACAUCCCCAGCAGUCGAUGGGCGCUGAUCUGCAGUCUCUGCAAUGAGAAGAUCGGGGCCUCCAUCCAGUGCUCCGUGAAGAAUUGCCGCACGGCCUUCCACGUGACCUGCGCUUUCGACCGCGGCCUGGAGAUGAAGACGAUCCUGGCGGAGAACGACGAAGUCAAGUUCAAGUCGUACUGCCCCAAGCACAGCUCCGGCAAGAAGCCGGAGGAGGAGGGCGCCGCCGAGGGCGCAGCGGCCGCCGGCUCGCCCCUGGGCCACCUGCAGCCCUUCGAGGGGCUGGCGCAGAACCAGGCCGAGGCCCACCGCGUCAGCCUGCGCAAGCAGAAGCUGCAGCAGCUGGAGGACGAGUUCUACACCUUCGUCAACCUGCUGGACGUGGCGCGGGCCGUGCGGCUGCCCGAGGAGGUGGUGGACUUCCUGUACCAGUACUGGAAGCUGAAGAGGAAGGUGAACUUCAACAAGCCGCUCAUCACCCCGAAGAGGGACGAGGAGGACAAUCUGGCCAAGCGGGAGCAGGACGUCUUGUUUCGGAGGCUGCAGCUUUUCACCCACCUCCGGCAGGACUUGGAGAGGGUUCGGAAUCUCACGUACAUGGUGACUCGCAGGGAAAAGAUGAAACGGUCUGUGUGCAAGGUCCAAGAGCAGAUAUUCAAUCUUUACACUAAGCUUUUGGAACAAGAAAGAGUUUCAGGUGUGCCUUCUUCCUCUUGCUCCUCCUCCUCACUGGAAAACAUGCUUUUAUUUAAUAGUCCUUCGGUGGGUCCCGACGCCCCCAAGAUCGAGGACCUCAAAUGGCACUCGGCUUUUUUCAGGAAGCAGAUGGGCCCCUCCUUGGUCCGCUCCCUGAAGAAGCCGCCCAAGCGCCCUCCGGGGGGGCCCGAGAGCGAGGGCCGGUCCCUGAUACAGGAGGCCGACCUCAGCUGCAGACGGGAAGGGGCCGACGUCCCCGAGGCCUUCUUGGACUUUGAAAAGACCCUUGCCGAAGCCCAACAGAAGAACGGCCUGGUGCUGUCGGACCACCAGAAGAGGAGGGACAAUCGCUCCCCGUGCGAGCUCAUUAAAGGGGACCUCAAACCUCCCAGACAGACCCCCAAGCCUCUGAGGCCCGCGGACCCGACUCAGAGGCCGGCCGAGAACAAGAGGGCCGCGAACCCCCCCGGGAUGGGGCCCUCGGCCCCAGGCACGCGGAAGGACUUAGUGCCUAAAUGCAACGGGUCUCUGGUCAGAAUUAGCUGUAACCGGACCGCAGCCAAAGUGCCUACCACGCCUGCCAGCCCAGGAAAGAACUGGGGGGGGUUCCGAAUUCCAAAGAAGGGGGAGAAGCAGCAGCAGGGGGAGGCCCCCGAGGAGGCCUGCCGCCCGCACCCCGCCUGCCCCUACUUGGGGGUGGCCAGGGCUGCGCCCAAGGAAAGGGCCCGCAGCAAGCUAAAGCCGGACAGCGAGAACGACGGGUACCUCCCCGACGCGGAGAUGAGCGACUCGGAGAGCGAGGCGUCCGACAAGUGCCGGCAGCAGCGGCUCGGCGCCAACGGCACCAUCCCCCGCAGGACGGACAUCAUCAGGAGGAGCAUCCUCGCCUCCUGAUGCGGGGACGGCCCGAGACACGGGGGCAACAGGGUCGCCGCCGCCCGCCGAGGACGCCCGCGGGCCGGCGGCCGGUGUGGGAGAGGGGGCGUCCUCCCGGCCCACGCGCGGGGUCGGGGGCGUCCGGAGCUGUACAAACAUGUUUACUUGCACUGGGGACAACAGGUUUUGUUUUGUUUUUUCUUCAAAGUCAUUUAUAACUCAUUGUUGUGAGAAGUUUAAAUGUUCUUUUUUCCAACUCGUUGAGGAAAUACGAGAGUAGAUUUUGUCCGAGACGCUGCUAGAGCCGGAACCCUGAGUCAAACACUAAGAAUGAAAUAGGUGAGAGAAGGGCCAGGUUCUCGGCGGUCCUGCUCAGCCCCGCUCGCCCGCCCCGAUUCGCCCAAAGCACAAACUCUUGAUUCCCUGUGUGUACAAAGUCAGAACAUAGUCCUUGAAAAACUGUCACGCGCCACGGCGUCGCCCAUUAAACUACUUUUCCUGGAUGUCGGCCGCCCUCGCGGUCCUCUCUGUGCUCUGGCCCAGAGCCGCGCCGCGGGACCGGCCGCUCCGGGGCAGCUGGCGGGGGCCGGCCUCGCCGGGGGAGCGCCCGCGUCGAGGGCUCCGGACGGCCGCCCUCGAGGCUGCGCGCCCCCGCCAGCGCAGCUUUGUGUAGGGGUAGAAGGGCACCCGAGGCCCCGUUGGCUCAUCGUCCUCCCGACAUUCCACCUCCCCCACCAUUAUCCCCCAGCUGGGCCGGAGCUCCCGUGGCAGUUGAGCUUCCUGCAGGACUGUGCUAAGAUCUGGCAGGAGUGGUGAACUCUAAAAGGCCUGGCAAUCAGGUUUGCACUAAUGGUUUGUGUUGGGGAAUCCAGGCUUCCAACACUAAAGGAUUCCUUUGAAAAUAAUAAUUAUAAUAAUAAAAGGACCUAGAUAAAUAGGUUAAAUAUACAUAUCUAUAUUUUUGAAAACAAAAAAAUAAAAUAAAAAUAAAAAGGCAAUAAGUUGCAGUUAGCUCUUCAUUCAGACCUAUGCAGGAAAGAGACUGCAUUCUGUCCUGAAAUAGAUUUUGUAGCUGACAAGAGCUGAUACUAAUUCAUAAGUUGGACUUUGUAAUUGCAAAUGGCAAUAACUAGUAAGUAAAUUAUCAGCAAUAAUAAUAAAUUUAGCAUUUCAUUUGAGUAACGUUUUCUUUUUUGCACUCGGUACAGUGCAUAUGUAACAAGACAGUGGGUAGUGUUAGGGUCAUGUAAAUUUUCUUUGGAAUUCAGUGUACUCGUAAGUCAAAUUCAGAGAAGGAAAGUUUAAAUAGCAACAAGGCUUAGAAAUUAUGGGCAUUUGGAACAAGCCUUGCUUUCUCCCCGCCCCCAAUCCCAGCCACUUACCCCAAGACUGCUCCUAACGAUAUCAAUCUCAGUAUUCACAUUUUUAAUUCAUGUACACAUCUGCCUCCAUUGGGCAGGAUGCAAAACUCUGAUAUUUUAAAUGAUUAAAUUCUGCAGUUAACUUCUAAGUCUUCCAGAUGGUUGUCAACAAAAAAGGCAUAUUGAAUUACAUCUUGCUAUGCAAGUUAUCAAAUGCAUCCCCAUUGUGUUACAUUUUCAGACUGUCUUAACUUUCCAAGUAUAUUUUAAUAGAUAAUUGGGGAAGGGGGGGAGCUGGAUAACCUAAAUUUAGAUUGACUUGAAUUGUUCUUGAAAUACAGGGGAUGAGGGGUGGGGGUGGGAGGAGCUUCCUUUUAACAAACUCAUGUAUUGAUAAGCAUGUUGUUACAGAUUUCUGAGGGUUUUGGUGAAUUGGAAUUUUCUGUUCACUCUUAGGGUGAGUGACUUAAAGCAGGUUGUUUUCUUUUGCAUAUGAACAUAAACCCUUUCCUGGAAAAAGGAGAAGGUAGAUUCUAUAGUUGACUUAACUUUUGACUACAGCAACAUCUCUGGGUGAAGGCUGAAUAUGUAGAGGGAUAAUUUGAAAAGCCAUAGAAAGAAAACCUAAAUUUGAUGCUAGUAAUGACCUCUCACCAUUUUAAGAGGUACCAGAUUCAUUUGCACUAUUAUGAAUGCUAGUUUUGUGCAGAAAUAAUGCCUUAUCUGUUUUAUUCCCCAUGUUUAGGUUGAAAAGCUUUCAAAUGUUCCCAAGUUAUGCUGAACCAAAAAACUAAAAAAAACAAAAAACAAAAACAAAAACAAAAAACAAAAAACAAAAAAAGGAAAAAAAAAAAAAAGGAAAGAAAAAGAAAAACCACAAAAAGCUACCCCACGCUUUAAAAAAAAAUUCCUGCCCCAAACUGCAAAAUGGUAUAGAGCACGAAUUUAUAGCAGUAUAAGCUGUGCAAGUUAGUUUCAUGCCAUGCUGGGUGUACUCUGUUGAGGAAGAAUCCCCAAAUAUGGCAGUGGCUAACCCAAAUCACCCUUCAUGCAUUCUGUUGGUAUAAAAACCAUUUAACAAGGCCCCAUCCUUCCCCUCAGUUUUACCUUUCCUCGUGCAUACUGACCAAGAAAUAUCUUUCAUUAUGAUCAGUGUAUUACGUCAAAUGUAGGCUAGUUAAACUUUUGUAAAGUUGCCUGGAAUGUCAUUUGUUAGGUUAUAAACAAAAACAGAAAUCUAAAUGAAGGGUUAUAUAUGUCAUGUACAAAACUUAUUUUAAAAUGGACAAAUCUGUCAUUACAUUUGUAAUCCUUGUACAGAAAAUUUUUCACUAUGUGCCUAGCUUGGUGUCCAUUCAGCUAAAAUUUACAAAAAAAAAAAAGGUGCAUGAAGAGAAAAUCAGAAAUUAAAGUAUAUGUAGAGAUGACUAUUUUAUAUUACAUGGCCCAAUCCUGUAUUUAUUAUUUCUCUUCCCCUCCUCCCUCCUCCUUUCCCUUUUGGAAGUAUUUAUAAAAUUAGUUGAAAACAGCUGUAUUUUUUUUUGUUGUUGUUGUUGAAAUAUUUAGUAGAAUUGUGCCUUUUUGUCUGUAUGUGAAUAAAUGCUGUACAUUUUGCAAUACA